AUGACUUGGGAAGAUUUCAAAGUACCAUUCCUCAAACAUCAUAGCCCCAAGGCAGUGAUAAAUAAGAUAAAGGAGGAAUUUAUGCAACUGAGGCAAAAGGGUGAAACCGUUGAUAAAAUUACGGGGAUGUUCAUGGAUAAGCUCAAGUUUUGUGAUGACUUGGUCAAAACUGAAGAACAGAAAAUUUAUUAUUAUCACACCAUGCUUAGGGCUGAAUAUAGGGAGUUCAUGACCCCCUCACAUUAUGAAAGCCUCACUGAUAUAAUCAAUGCGGCGCGGGAACGCGAGAUUGAACUAAAAAGGCAAGUUGAAAGAGGUGAGAGGAGGGCCUUGGAUGAAAACCCGAGUCCCGCAAAGAAGCCAAAGGUAGCUGAAUCUUCGAAGAAGGGAAGUGCAAAAGGAGGUUCUCCGAGUUGUAAAACAUGUGGACGCACUCAUAAGGGUGAAUGCUACUUCAAGAAUAAACCUUGUGUGGCAUGUGGCAAGAUAGGGCAUGGGGUUGCAAAUUGCCCAGACAAAGUAACGGUGUGCUAUAAAUGUUACCAACCGGGUCAUAAAAAGUCAGAAUGUCCGGAAUUGGUGGGAAAGAAAGAGAGUGCUGACUCUAGGGAGGAAACCCCAAAAGCUAAGGCAAGAUCGUUCCAAAUCACUGCUGCUGAAGCAAAAAUGGAACCCGACGUGGUUACAGGUAUAUUUACUGUAAAUUCGAUCCCUGCACGUGUUUUAUUUGAUACAGGUGCGAAUAAGUCUUUUGUUUCACAUAGAUUUAUUCAAAACCCCAUGUUUAUAUUAACGAAAUUACCUAUACCAAUGGAAGUAGAAGUAGGUAAUAACAAAAGUUUUCUUGUUUGUGAUGUAUGUCGAUAA